AUGAACAGAGACUCGCAGCACUGGGGGAAAAAAGCCGCGGCCCACCAGCCCGUCGUCUCGCCACCGCCUGCCUCCCCACCAUCCAAGACUGCCUGCACUACCACUCUCCGUCGUCACGCUCCCCUACCUCGCAUCCCAGCGGAGGACUUCAAGAUCGUCUACAGACCGGGAGGAGGGCUUGACCUCCGCACAACCACUAACGGAGCCCUGCUCCAAACCCUUUGCACUCGUGCGACCAUCGACUACGCCAGCGCACGCACCGCCGACCGUGUACCGAUAAAUCCGUACAACAACUCCCUUACUGUCAGCACCCCAUCUGAGCCGCGCGCUCGCCUCUACCUCCGAGUCUCGGAACUCCGCCUGGGUGCCAUAUCUUACCCCCUGCGUGCCUACAUGGCCGCACCCGACAACGCCCUCCGCGGUAUCAUACACAACGCAGUGGACUCCCAAACCCAGGACGAGAUCGUCCAAGACCUCCAGUCAAUGAACGUGAACACCCCCUACGCCAUCGCUGACGCACGCCAGAUGGGGCACUCCAAAUCCAUCCUCAUCACCUUCGUCGGCACUUCUACUCUUCCCUCCACCAUCGUCUUCAACUGCGGGGUCUACCACUGCCACCCGUUCCGCCCGAGAGCCGAGGCCUGCACGAACUGCUGGGCUCCUGGCCACCGAGCGGAUGGAGCCCACGUCACGGGCUCGCGCUCGUGUGGGCUCCGGUUCGAGCGGAACGGCCCGUCAUCGCCCCCGGCCACCUCCAAGCACCAGCCUCCCCCACCAGCGCCACCCACCGUGCCCAUCCUCAAGACCCCCCGGCCUUCCCGUCCCCGCCACCACUCUGUCUCCCGUGGUGCCCAGUCUGCCAGCCGCCACCGCUCCGUCUCCUUCCCGCCUCUGCCUAGGUCCGAGGCGUCCACCGCCCCCGCCACCACCACCACAUCACCGGUAAGCUGGAAACCGCAGCCUCCCACGUCGAACCCCCAAACCACGGCCCUCGAGGCCACUAUCGCUGCCCAGCAGCUCCAAAUUCAGGAGCUGUCGCGCCAGCUGCAGGCCGCGCUAGUGCGUCUGUCCUCCCCCGCUCCUCCUCCUACUUCCCCAGCUCCCGCACCUCCACAGCCGCCGUCGCUAGCUGUGGAGCCGAUGAAUACGGCAUCCUCGGCUGCAUCAUCGCGCGCCUCCUGUCCCAACCGCAGUCCCCCGCUCAAACGCCGAUCACCUUCCUCCGACCCCGUCGCGCCCGAGCGUGACGUGAUUCGCCAAACAACCUCCUUCUUGGAGGCGUUUGAGAAGCGCGUCAUGGCCCGCUUUGCGCGACUUGAGGAGCGCGUCGCCAGUAUCGACACCCGUGUGGCGGCCAUCGAAUCCCACCUUACCGCCCUAGACACCAGGGUCGCGGCCUUAGAGACCCGCCAAAGCGCCACUGAGGCCACCAUCGCACACCUGUCGCUCCCUGCCCCACUCACCCCGGCACCUACCCCAACUCUGUCGGGGGACUCCGCCAUCCAUCAUGGCCAGACACCCCACGCGCCUUAA